UUUAUCACGACAAUCGCCGGUCGGCGGCCGCCUCGAGUCGCAGUCGUCGCGCGUUUCCUCCGCCACGCACUCGCGUCUCGUCUGCAGCGGUCAGUCUUUCUCGCUUUCUUUCUCUGUCUCCCUUUUUUUUUUUCUGUGUGCCCGUGUGUCUGCAGUUAUAAUAUUAUCCUCAGUUUUGCGUGUCAACGACAAUUAACGAAAAAUUUAACAAUAUUACGCGAGAUAUAUUCACGAUAUAACCACUAACCAGUGUAAUCCAUACACGAGUUUUACGUUUUCUGUGGGAAUACGACGCCACCACGCGAAUCUCGAUCGUGAUACCCGGACUGGACAUGCAAUGGUUAUUAGCGGCCAAUCGAUCUCUGCAGCCCACAGUCGACUUCAUCUUGGUAUAUGUUUGUAAUUUUGACCAUGCGAAUGUUUAGACAAACAAACGUUGCGGAAAAAAAUGGCAAACCGUUGGUAACACCGGACAUGGACGGUCGUUUCUACCAAACGGUUACCGCCGUACCGGCGAUCGUUCUCGAAGAGAGCCCAAAAUCUGCCGAAGUCAAAAGAAAAUUGAUUACUUGGGGCAGGAAAAUGGGCAAGCGGCUGGAGGGGUUGCGGAGGAGCGAGUCUCGCGACUCGUUGGACAGCCUUUCGUCCAGGGACAGCGCUUCCACCGCCAAACACCAGCCCGUGUGGCCGCUGGGACAGCCGUCGUCCAGUGGCGACAAGUCGUCCACGCUUAAGGGGUUUUUCACGCGCAUCGGGUCCACCGGCAUGCUGAGCUACUCGCGACUGUACAGCAACAGCUUUCGAGACAAGUUGCAACUGUCCAAGAAGCAAUCCGAAUGCCAGCUGUACAGGAGUGUGUCCACGUCCCAUCUGGCCACGUCGUACAUGAAGGGCGACGACCCGGCCGACUGCCUGGACCGGGGGAGCGAGCCGCGGACGCGCGCAACCGCCGACCACGACACCCAAAUCGAAUCGCCCACCGAACCGGGUUACGUGCCGCUGAAGACUAGGAGCUGCGACAACAUAUCCAAGUUGGGCACGUCCAAGAAGCCCAACUUUCCGUACGCGUUCCUCAGGUCCAGGCUGUCGGUGCUGCCCGAAGAGAACGGUGGGGGAGGGGGAGGUGGUAGCGCGGUCGGCGGCCGCCCGACGGCGUUGUCGGGCUGCCGGCCGCGGAGCUGUGCGGGCGGACCGGCGCCUCACGAAAUCGUGGUCACCGAGGAGUUGUUCAGAGAGAUGGACAACGACAGGGAAUACCGGCGGGUGUUCAGCAACAUGAGUUCGUCCAACGAGUCGGGAUACGACAGCGACGGUCCCGGCAGGACGCCCGACACGUACCACAGCCAUCACGGCGGCCAUCAGAAAGCCGCCGACGAGGACAGCGGGUUCGGGGACACCAAAUCGUUGGCCACGGACAGCCUUAACGAGUUCGAGGAACACUCGGAGCCGCCGUCCAGGCGCCACAGCGACAAGGACUACAACGUGCCGUCUAUGUGUCUCUUCUACAAGAAGAACCGCGAGAUCAACGAUCGCAUAAGGUCGGACAGACAGUCAUCGAAAGACACGCCCAACUUCCACCGUCGGAUGUUCAUCAAGAACCGUUCGUCACCGCCGCCCAGCACCGCCGCCGACCAACUGUCGUCGUUACCGGUCGAUCUCAACAACCUGCGAUCCCGCAUGCAAAUGGUCCGGUUGCUCAAGUCGCGGUACGAGGACGACAUCGGCGUUUAUUUGAAAAUGGUUGUCAAACACGUAGCGAAUUACAACGAGACCCGGUUCGUCGUGAUAAAACUAGAACCGGGAAAAAUAGCUUACAGAGAUGGCAGGAUUAGAGUCAAUGAUGAGAUAAUAAACGUCAACGGUAAAUUAUUGCGUGGUAUCACCGACAUGUUCGAGGUAGAGAAAAUACUGAAUCACAGUUUUUCCAUUGCAAACAAGUAUUACGUGGACAUCGUAUUGUCCAGAUCCGAACAACUAGACUCGACCGUGAUGGCCUUUGAUCAUAGCCACAGUGCCGCUGAAUCUUCUAAACAGAACGCAAUUUCCGUCAUCAACCGAGUGCUGGCCAACAAAAUGAACAACCACUCGUCAAAAUCCCCAACCCCGAGCAUGAGUACUGUUUACAUGUCCGUAACGUUCUACAAGGGUACCGGUCAUAAAUCGUUGGGAUUUAGCAUCGUGGGUGGGUCCGAUUCGCCGAAAGGCGAGAUGGGAAUAUUUGUUAAGACCAUUUUCACAAGUGGCCAGGCCGCCGAAAACGGGUCAUUGAUGGAAGGUGACGAAAUACUGAGUGUAAACGGCGAAUCCGUCAACGGGAUGACGCACGCGCUGGCCAUAAAUUGUUUUAAAAAGGUGCGUCAGGGUCCACUGGAAAUAAAAUUAUGCCGGAGAAAAAUAAUUCCAGACACCUGUAGCAAUGACAAUCGAAGUUUCAACAACGACAUAAUAACGACGGUGUCAACAACGACAAUUACGACUACAAGUACUCAAACGUUUUGAAGAACUCGCUCAUGGAUUUGAUGUUUUCGUUUUUAUUGUUACAUUUUGUGUGUAUAUACCUAUAUAUUAUAUUAUUAUUAUGACUCCACGUGAAAAAUUGUAAAAUAAUAUAAUAAAACAUUGUACCUUUACGGUUUUACGUAUAUAUCAUGUAUUAUAUUAUAUAUUAUAUGUUGUUUCUUAUAUUUUUA